AUGUUUGAAAGGAAGGAAUUGAAGGCAAGAGUGAAAAAAAAGUUUGAAUAAAUAAGUGAGGAUUAAGAGAUCAUCUUCAGUAUUAAGAGAAAACUAGGAGAUCAAUCCUAUGACAACAUAUAUUUAUUAAAUGAUGAAGAAAUGUUGCGGUUUAUCAAUUCCAGGAAACAACAGAAGUUAAAUUUUGAUGAUGUCAUUAAUUAAACAAAAAAUCUAUCUUUGGAUGAUAACACCCAAAAAAUUGUAGUAUUGGAGAAACUCUAUUCUGAUGACACUCCUCAAUAUAAUGAAGAAACUCAGCAGUAAAGUAUUUUAAAGGAUCGAAGAGAGUAAUUCGUGGAUAAAUUUAGAAGAGACAUAAGGGAUAAGAUGUUAUAGGAGAAAAGAAAUAAGUUCAUUAUUGAAUUAGAGUAGGAUAAGGGUAAUCUCAGGUGUUGUGAUCAAUAACAGAAUGAGUAAUUAGAAAAAGACUAUUAUGUAAUGAAGUAAGUGAAUAAGAAUGAAAUGAAUCAGGAAAAGAAAAAGAGUGCUCUCAUGAACAUUGAUGCCAAAUAAAUAGAAAAAUAUUUCGAUAAUUAUUAUGUUGACAGUGAACACAAUUCAAGUAUUGACAGUGAAGACUCUCAAAGGACAGAUUAAGAUGCAUAUGAGUAUCCUGAAAAUGAAAGUUCGGAUGAUGAAGAUGUCGAAGUGGACGAUGAUUACUAUGAUAACAAUAGUGAUGAUUCUCAGAAAUACAAAAAGUAUAGGAGGAAAGAUAUUCAAGAGAAGGAUGAUUAAAUUGAAAUUGAUGAAUAAUAAUAAGCUUAAGGAAUUGAGAUCAAUCAAGUUUAAGCUUUCAUGAGUUUUAUUAAAUAACAUGAACAAUUAAAAUAAGAAAAAUAAUGUUGGAAAACAUUUGACUAUGAAAAUGAUUUUUGA